UUUGAUUCUUCUUGAUUUGUGACGUUUGUGCUAAUAAAAUUACAUUUGUUGAUUAUUGGUAUUCUUGUGUCUCAUUUAUAUUUAGAUGUAAUCAGUUAUGUUGUUAAGCAUUUCUUUGCAUUUGUUUUAUUGUAUUUUUCUAUGAGAGUUAUAAGGGUUAAUUAACAUCAAGAACUGAAUAACACCAUUCAGGUCUGUGAAACACGUUUGAUGUUGGAAGGUAAAAGGAUUGAUAAUGAUAGAUAGGAUAUUAUGCAGUAUUUUGUCAGUGUAAAAGUUCAGCCUUAAACAGAUAACCUAGUCUUAAAGACCAUUGUCGGGUCAAUGUUUAUGUCCCGCUUCCCAUAAUUUGUUGAUUUUUAUUGGACAGACAAGAAAUUUGCAUCAUUGGUCCUACCUCGUUGGAAUGGGACAGAAUGAAUCUCGAAAGGUUGGUAGACCUACUACACCAUUUAGUGAAGCUCAAGAAAGGAACUCCAGAAUGUCUGAUCUAGUACACACAAGACCAAACCCUCAGAUUAUAUCAAUGUGUCCUUCAGACAAAGGUAUAAAAAUUCAAACUCGUGAUAAUCCAGUUGCCAAUAAACCAAAGGAAUUUUCUAUUGCUCAACCAAGUUCUACCAUGACAUCAAGUGAUUCUGGAGAAACAUUUCAUAAACCUCUGUCUAGUGCAAAUGACAUGAACAAAAAAAAAGAUGGUGCAAGUUCAAAUCAAAUGUUAGCUUCUACACUAAAAUCAAGUUUGAAAAAACCUACACAAAAGCCUCAAAAUAUUGAAAUUGCUAGCUUUAAUAUCAAAGAUUCUGUUAAUUCAUUAGAUAGUAUCACAGAACAUUUGCAUAUUACAGAUAGUUCUCCUAAACAAUAUAAAGAGGGUGAGUUACAUAAUUUGCCAUCAUCAAACCAAGCUCCUAAUUACAGUAAUUUUCCUGAUCAAGUAGCCAAGGAUAUAUACCAUGUUGCUUCCAAAAGAAAUGACCAACUCAAUUUUACUGCAACUUCCGAAAGACGAUUCUUAUCCUCAAAAUUGAAUGCUGAUGUAUCAAAAUUUAAAAAAGAACUAAAUAAAGAAAAAGAUCAAUUUCACACCAAAGAAAGGUUUUGUAUCAGUCCAACAAACAAUGUGGUGGACGAUUCUAUCAAUGAAAUUUCAAAAAACAAAACUGAUCAAGCCAUUGACAUUUCUGAAGUAUCCUGUUUGCCAUCUUCAUUGAGUGAAAUAUCACACAAAAAUAAAGGCUCGUCUAAUUUGUCCAUGGCAAAUCCAUCUUUUUUUGAUUCAAAUCUUCUCCUACCAAUAAAAAUGUCUACAAAUUCAGGAAAUUUACAUGAAACAAACAAAGCAAAUAUAGAGAAUGAGACUGAAAGUGUUAAUAAUCAGCCUACACUAAACAUAAAGUCAAAUAGUACAGACUCCCACACUAAGUUCCAGAAAAACAUAAAUUGUACAUUAGAAGACUCACAGGGAAGAAUAGACACCUCAAAGAAAAAUCUAAGAAGUAACUAUAAAAAAUGUACGGUUUCUUACCCUUUAAAACAUAUUGAGAAGCUUGCAAAUAACGUUUGUAGUUUAUCUCCUCAGAAAGGAGAAAAGACUAUACAUAUUUCUAAUAAAUCUCUGAAUGAGGGAACUGAUUCCAGUCAGCAAAUUAGCCUGCAUGGAAUUAAUCCAAAUAGAUACUUCUCCCUUCAAGAAUGCAUAUAUGAGAUGGCUAAUUUUGACACUGAAAAUAAAGAGAUGAUACCUUCCCUCCAACAAUCACUCCUGAUCAAUUUACAGACAAUAAAUAGUUUCAUAUCUGUCAUAAAAACCUUUCCUAGUUUAAAUAAGGUAUUAAUUAAAGAAAUUGACUCAUUAAAAGAAAACAUUUCAUUAUUUUCUGGUGACAAAUUUUCCAAGAAUAUGGAUGAUUACUCAGCAUCCGUCUUCCAUAUGGAAACUACUCCAUCAAUUAUAGCUGAGGCAAUUGAGUCUGAUGAUUCUAGGAGAACAUUUAAUAUAACUGAUAUGAGAAUGACAACGGACAUACUUGACGGUGAUACUGAUAGUAAAGAUUUAGCUCUAGAAAAUGUAAGAAUUUUGUCAAAAAAUACAUCUUUUGAACAUCUCUCAGAAGAAGUGAAUAAUUUUAAUUCAGAGAAGAGAGAUUACAGAAGUGAAAAGUUAUUGAGAGAAAGUCAAUAUCAAGGAAAUAAAAAAGAGCAGUUGGGUUUGUCAGACACCAAUGAUGAUGUAAUCAAGAAAUCUGCAUUGCCUCAAAAGUAUGAGGGAGUUUUAAAUAUUGUUUAUGACUCAUUUAAAAAAAACCUUGUACUAGAUGUUUCGUUGUAUAUCUGUAGGCUUUGUGACGACUUGGCAAAUAAUGAAGAAGAUGCUAAUAGCCAUUUAUCUAGUGAAAACCAUACUAAGUGUCAUCUUGAGGAUGCCAAAUGGCAUAUUUGUUCAUCAUGUUGCUUAAACAUUUUUGGGACUGAUGAACACUUCAAAGAACAUUGUUCUACUUUACAACAUAAUGCUGUUUUUAACCUUAAAAACCCACAUUCAGAGAAGUUAUCACCAGGAAAUGAUGCACAGAAAUCAGAUGAUACAUUUGAUUGUGCUAGUGUUUGUAGUUCUCGCAGUAAUAUGAGCAUGAAGGAAGAACAUAAGAGACUCAAACCUCACGAAAUCUUAUUAGCUAUAGCAAAAGACAGUUUAAAUAAAAAAAAUGGUAGUAGCCUUGGUUUGUAUUGCCAAAUUUGCAACAAAUACACUAUUUAUAGUGGCUCAUCAACUGAAGACCAUUUCAAAACUGAUAAGCAUAUCAGCAAGCUUAACGGUUGCAAAAAUUGUUCACUUCGCUUUUGUAAAACAUGUAAUGUUGAUCUCUUUGGAGACAGAUGGAUUUGGGAAGAGCACAUCAAAAUGCAACUUCAUUUGGAGUUAUCUUCCUUAGGAGAGAAAAGAGAUAAUACUGAUCAAGAGCGUAAUGAAUCAGAAGUCGAUAAUACAAAUGAGUCAACUGAGCUAUCAAAUGAAGAAGGCCCACAUUUUGAUUUAAUGAAAGCCAUUAUUAGAAAACACAUUGAUGAUGAACCAACCAAUACCAUCUUUGGUUUUUACUGUCAUACUUGUGAAGCUUACUUUCUUGAUGAACACAACUGGAAAUCUCACAUAAUGAGUGCAUCUCAUUUUAAUCGAAUUAAUUCAUCUGAAUGUUUGGGAAAGCAGUUAUGCCAUGAAUGUAAAGUAUGCAAUAUUAUAUUUAUUGGCGAUGGAAAUGUUUUUUCUUCACAUAUGAAAACUGUAGUUCAUCAAGCAAUCAAUAGAUUAAAACAAAGAGGUAAUCCUGUACAAACAAAAAGAGAAAAUUUCCAUUCAGUUAGUGAAGAUGGGUCAUCAUUAGAAGAUACUGAUGACUCUGAAGAUGAGAAUGCAACUGUGGAUGGAAGUGAUUCUCAGUCUGCUACAUCAUCGAACAAGAAAUAUGAAAAACCCCAAGUCAAUAGGAAUGGCAUAUAUGUUACAGGACUACCCAAAGGCACUGAACAAAAAGAUGUUUUUGAAGCCUUCAAGCGCUUUGGAUUUAUCACAAAAUGUGUUCUUGACAGAGGUGGUAGCAAGAUCUUAUUCAAAAACUGUGAAAGUGCCCAAAAAGCAUUACAACUCAAGAAAAUUUGGGUUAAAAAACUAGAAACUAGAGUUUCUAUAAAUCCCCUUAGUGCUGAUAAAGUUCGCACAAGAAGACGUAACAAGGAACCAAUUUGUUUAAAAACAGAAGUAAGGGAAGUUCUGCAGUCACCACAUUCUGUUAAAACACAUGUGAGAGCUCUACAAAUUGACAUGGACCGUCAUAAGAUGAAUCGAGACUCCAAAAACCUAUUGAUAGAACGGGACAUUAAUGCUAUUGUCCCAGGCAGCAAGGUACAUUUCUUUGGUUCACAAGUGACGGGACUGGCUACACAAGAGAGUGAUUUGGAUGUCUACAUUGACUUUGAUAACCGCUCAUUCUUUACUGACUUGCAUCAUGACGAACAAAUAAACAGGUUGCACUUCCUACUGAAGCAGUUUACUCACCCCAAGUCACAUUUUCGAGUGAAGGAAACUGUCUUUGAUGCCAGAGUACCUAUAAUUCGAGUGAUUCAUAAUAGAACAGAUACACCUUGUGACAUAUCCUGCAGAAGUGGGCUCUCUGUUGAAAACUCCCAACUUAUCAGGAUGUUUCUGAAUGCAGACAAAAGAGUGCAAUGGUUGGUAGUGGUUGUCAAAUGGUGGAUGCGCCACAAUGACCUGCUUGACCGUAACAUCUUCACUUCUUACGCCUGUGUUUGGCUUGUCAUUUUCUUCCUCAUGCGCCAUCAGGUUCUUUGUUCCGUCACAGAUUUACAAAGAGGCUGUCCUAAGUACUCCAUUGCACAUUGGGACUGUCGAUUCAGUCGAGAAGUCCGUGAUUAUUUGAAGGCUGAAAAUAAGCAAUCAGAGUUUGAGCUAUUGGCCAUGUUCUUCGACUUCUAUGGAAAAUUUUCCUUCAAAUCUGUUGUGCUGUCUCCCCUCUCCGCUAGUGUGAUACCUCGCACUCAGUUUGAAAAUUUGCAACUACCAGCAGCCUAUAAGCCAUACAUGGACAAGAUAAAUACAUGGAAAAAUCCUGAAAGACUACGUACCAACACACCGAUUUGUCUUCAAGACCCUUUUGAUCUCUCUCACAAUAUUACAAAAGGAGUUAAUAGAAAAGAUCUCCAGAAGUUCAAGAAACUAUGCCGUGAAAGUCUAAAGGUUUAUAAAUAUUUGAGGAACUAAGUCUAAGCAAGAUACUAACUAGAAGACUGACAUGUACCUUUAUAGUCUGAGGUUGUUAUCAUAAAAUCAAUCACUGUUAGUCUGAUACUACAUUCAAGGUAUAAUACUGUACAUUGAAUAUGCUAGCUGUAUUUUUAUGUUCCAGAUUUUGUUUGGACAAAACAGCUUUUUUUGUACUUACAAUAUUCAAGUCCCUUUUUUACUUCUGUCUGAAUUUGCUGUAAUGCUUUUACUGUCAUUAUUUUUUACCUGCACUUUUUAAUAUACAGUACUGUAUUUAUAAUUUUACGAGUAUAAUACAUGUUUCUUAAGAAAAUAUAGUUUUCACGUUGGUAACAAAUGACGCUCAGAAACAUAGGAUUUGCUUUUAAUAUUGAAAUUAUAACAUAUGAUUAAUUUGUAGGUUGUAGUUCAUUUAUUGCACUAUUACAGAUUAUGUUAAUAUGAGCAAUAUUAUAGGAUUUUGACAACAGAAUGUUACUACUAAUAAUAGUACUAUUCAAAUCAACGUUUUUGAUUCAUUUUCCUCUUAUUACACCUAAGUAGGAUUGAAAAGGAACAAAAUAUUCUCAGGUUUAUAGUCUAUUAAUGGGUAAUCACUUAUAAAAUAUUUCUUUAUUAUUGAAUUAAUAGAAAUAUUUACUUUUACGUACAUAAUUAUUAAUAGAAAAUCUUACACUUCUCUUAUUGGCCUCUUAGUAUUUUUUCAAGUUAGUCUAAAGUUGUUUGGGUAUGGACUAAUUUAAAGUAUAAAGUAAAAUUCAACAUUUUUUUCUAGUUUGAUACACAUUUUAUUGUAACAAAAAAUUGUUUAAUUGCUACAUGUAUAGAAUGGCUCUUAAUUGAUUUAUUUUACCAUAUCUUCAUUGCACGAACAACAACAUUGUUGCUUGACUCUCUGUUUCUAUUAUAUUUUAUGAUGAAUUCUAUCAUGUUAAUAGUAAUUUGUUUGUUUUUAAAUGUGACAUAUAUUAUGCAGUAAUCCCAACUUUAUGUUUGAAAUAUGCAUUUUAAUCAAAAUUUUACUAAGCAAAAUAGGUUAAUUCUGACAAAAAAAUAAGAUUUUUAUAUAAUCUUUAUUAUCGAAAAUACACAUUGGAAUGUCCUGAUGUGGGGAAAACUUUGUGUAAUCCUUUACAUUUUUAAGUUGUGGCACUGACUUGAAUGGUGUUCAAAUCUGAACGAUACCAGAUUUAAAAUAGUGGUUUCUUUAAUUAUAUUAAUAGAUGAAGUACAUUGUAAGUUUGAUUGUAUUACUUCUAAAACUCUGUUAGUUCUUAAAGUGAGCUGUCUUCCAGUUUGUUUCUUUGAUUCAACAAACCACAAUGCGUAAUAAUUAUAUUGUUGUUGUUUAUACAUAUUUUCCAGAGUAUUUGUAAUAUAUACUUAAUAGCUCUGAAGUGUAUGUGUACAGGCUGUGAAUUGACAGCUAAUUAAUGUUUUUAUUUACGCUUAAUGUAUACUAAUACAAGGGUCUCAUGAGGCUCUAAAACUUUUGUAUAUAAACUUACCAGUAUGUCAAUUAUAUAGUGCCUUACUACUUGAGUUAUUCUUGUUCAUAAAAAGCUAUUCCACAAAUACACAAUUUAUAUAUUUCUUGUAAUGAUUUUCAAGCGUAGAUUUUAUCCUACCAAUAUUGGGUAUAUUGUUUCUGAAUAAUGGGUUCUUGCAACACCUUCAUUUUUAUCAAAUAUUACAUCUCACAAAGAUUAGGAAAAACACCAAUUUCGUAAUACUAAUGAUUUUACGAUUGUGACCUGUAAUCCCUGAAUUUAAAUUUCACAUGUACUCAACCACACCUACACAACUAAAUGGAAAUUUAAUUUUGCUUUAUAUUUUUCAUUCCAAUUUAAAUGGUUUGGUUUUACCAAUGCUAUACAAAGGCCAUCAAGCUUCCUACAACAGUCAGUUAUUGGUACUCUGAACAGAUCAGUGUUCUGUUAGAACUUCCACUUAAUGCAGUUAAUGAACUAUGUUUGUUUUAAUUAAUUGUUGUUAAGUUCUCAAGGGUCUUGAACAUGUUCAAGCUUAGUUAUACCAAUAUGUUCCAUAUUGGUAUAACAUGUAAUUAUUUAUAUGCUAGAAUAUGGUAAUGCCUUUUUGCAGUUUUAAUGAUUCAUAUCUUGUGUUAGUUAUAUUAUUUUAAUACUUUGAGUGCUACACCUAAAACCACAUGUCUAUAGAAUGUUGCCUUUGUUUAGUAACAAAAACAAAAAACAUUGAUUACACAUUUUUUUUAUUA